CUUCCAGAAUGGACCUUAUGAAGUAAAAGACAGUCCCGAUGGACUUCGUUCUUUGACACAGCCAGCAUCUUAUUUCCCUUAUGACCCAUCUAUGGCAGUUUACCCGUAUGGGACGGGGUAUGGUGGAUUAGAUUUGAAUGCUCGGCGGAAGAACGCCACUCGAGAAACGACAAAUACUUUAAAAGCAUGGCUUUAUGAACAUCGCAAAAAUCCAUAUCCAACCAAAGGAGAGAAGAUCAUGUUAGCUAUAAUCACUAAAAUGACACUGACACAGGUUUCCACGUGGUUUGCAAAUGCACGGCGGCGUCUGAAAAAAGAAAACAAAAUGACAUGGUCGCCACGCAAUAGGUCUGAAGAUAGUACCGAUAACUUAGAUAGUGAGGGAGAAACAGAAAACAAAGAAUCAGAAAAUGGAGACGCAUCAGUAACGGCAACGACUGCAGGAGUUGAGAAAGAAGACCAUGGAGAUGAUAAUCCACGGGUGCACAGCCCAGGUCAUACUGUUGACAACGGCGAAAGACCUCACCGAAAAGUAUUGGAUGAUUCCGAUGCAGAUUCUGAUUUAGAAGACCCAUCAGUGCUGAAAGACGAAUUAGUUACAUCAUCCACUAAAGACCGACGCCCCUUAGGUUUGGGUCACGCGAGCAAAGCUCUUCUUACCAUGGAUGGUAAUAUAUCAAUAAUGGCCGCGCACUCACCGGCUAUCGACGUUUUAUCGGACUCUAAUCGAGAGAGCGACCUAAUAAAAGAGGGCCAUUCCAUGACAUCGUCGAACAGUCAUGUACAUAGCAAUGUAAAUGGCAACAGCAGUAGCAGCAGCACCAGCGGCAGCAGUAGCAAUAACAAUAAUAGUAGCAAUACCAGCGGACGUAUUUCAACUCUCAAGAACACCAACAGCAACAACAAUAACAACAGCAGCAGCAGCAACAGCAACAGAACUACUAACAAUCAGCUUAAUUCACAAUCUCGCAAUGACAUGGACAGUUCAUCGCCUGUACGACCGAAAAUCUGGUCGGUCUCGCAAUUUCUCGUGAACUCUCCAUCUAGCAGCAGCGAAAGUAAUAGCAGUAGUAGUAGUCCAGUUGGUGGCGCCAGCGGUGGAGUUCCGGUGGGAAAAACCGUGCCAGUUUUUACAUCGGGUAACAGAUUGCACCCGAGUCCGGGUUAUCUUUAUCUACAAUCAGCUAGUCAAACAUGGAAUGGGGGACGUUAUGGGGCUCUUAGCGCAUAUCCUAUUUCUAUGUCUCACACAACUCUCUCAUAUCCUUAUAGUCUAUCAACACAUACCUCUUCAAAGACUGCACUUGGUGUAGCUGCUACGGCGGUGCACAGUGCAGCAAGUGUCGAACUUUUACACAAUGCCGAAAAACUGGCUAGCUCACAAAAAGGAUUGUUUUCACCAGCCAGAGAUAUAGAUGGCAUGAGGAACAGACUAUUCCCCAAAGAAGCUUCAAAAUAUUUCUGAAACAAUGUUGUUAUAUAUAUAUAUAGGUCUAUGUGUAAACGAGUAAAAUAAUUCACGACACAACAGUCUACAACUGACAAUAAUCAUUUGACAGCAUUCGAACAUACACACACAGACAACAAAAUUCCAAAGAUAAUGAAAGAUUUACGGCAUAUAUAUAUACAUACAUACAUGAUAUAUAUUAUAUAUAUAUCGUGUGUGUGUAUGUGUUAGUGUGACUAUGUGCAUAUGCGUCUGUGUACAUUAACAUGUAAAAAUACAUACACGAAAUGUCAAAUACACUUUAUUUUUUUUCUAUGAAAAUUUGUCAGCUGAAAUGUGCAAAGAAAAAAAUAAAAUUAACAUUAUUAUGAACAUCACCAUCAUCAGCCUCAUCAUCAACACAUCGUCAUGAACAAAAUCCUCGUCGUCGUCGUCUUCGUCGUCAUCCUCUUCGUCGUUGUCAUCAUGAUCAGUCUCAUCACCGCCAUCCUUAUUCUGAACAAUAAUAGCAAUUGCGCUAAUAACGACGACAAAAGAAAUCAUCAUAAUCAUUAACAUUUUUUCAUCCUUAUUAUUAUUAUUAUUAUUAUUAUUAUUAUUAUUAUUAUUAUUAUUAUUAUUAUUAUUAUUAUUAUUAUCCUUCUUCUUUUUCUUACUCUACUACU